AUGGCCAAGGUGUUCACCGCAGAGGAAGUCGCGAAACACACUUCCGCAGAGAGCUGCUGGGUAGUGCUGCACGGCAAUGUCUACGACGUGACCGAGUUUCUCCCCGAGCACCCGGGCGGGUCCAAGAUCAUCCUGCAGCUGGCCGGACGGGAUGCCACCGCCGAGUACGACCCGAUCCACCCCCCGGGCACCCUCGAGGAGAACCUCAAACCGGAGGCGAAGCUGGGCGUGGUGGACCCGGAGAGUCUGAAGAAGCUCCAACGGCAGGCGGCGCAGGGCAGAGAGGCAGAGGAACACAAAGCCCCGCCUCCGCCGCUGCACACGCUCCUCAACCUCGACGAGAUCGAAGCGGCCGCCAAGACGCAAAUCUCCAAAAAGUGCUGGGCGUACUACUUCUCCGCGGCCGACGACCUGCAGAGCAAGUACCUCAACAACACGGCCUACCGCAACAUCCUCCUUCGCCCGCGCGUCUUCGUCGACGUGACACGCGCCAACACGGCCACCACGCUGCUGGGCCACAAGGUCGCCACGCCGCUGUACGUGUCGCCCGCGGCCAUGGCGCGCCUGGCCCACCCGGACGGCGAGGCCGGCAUCGCGCGCGGCAUCUCGCGCUUCGGCGCGAUGCAGAUCGUCUCGCACAACGCGUCCAUGACGCCCGAGCAGAUCGUGGCCGACGCCGCGCCGGGCCAGGUGUUUGGCUGGCAGCUGUACGUGCAGACCAGCCGGGCCAAGAGCGAGGCGAUGCUGGCGCGCAUCGGCCGGCUGCGCGACCACUACAAGUUUGUCGUGCUGACGCUGGACGCGCCCGUGCCGAGCAAGCGCGAGCACGACGAGAAGGCCGGCAUCGAGGCGCAGCUGGUCGUCGAGUCGAGCAAGAGCGGUGGUGGUGGUGGUGGAAGGCCGGAUUCGAGUUCCGGCGUCGGCCAGCAGCUGUUCUGGGGCACGGCCGCCGAUCUGACCUGGGAUACCACGCUCCCCUGGCUGGCCAAGCACACUGAUCUGCCGAUUGUCCUGAAGGGGAUCCAGACGCACGAGGAUGCCUACUUGGCGGCGCAGUACGCGCGCAAGAACCCGGGCUCCAUCAAGGCCGUGAUCUUGUCGAAUCACGGCGGCCGGUCGUUGGAUACAGCUCCCCCGGCGGUGCACACCCUGCUGGAAAUUAGGAAAUAUUGCCCGGAGGUUUUUGAUAUCAUCGAAGUGUGGGUGGAUGGAGGGAUCAGGCGGGGAACAGACAUCGUCAAGGCGCUGUGUCUGGGCGCGAAGGCGGUCGGUGUAGGGCGAGCAGCUCUCUGGGGGUUGGGCGCUGGUGGCUGGAAGGGGGUCGACAGAACCUUUGAGAUUCUGCAAGGAGAGAUUGAGACGUGUUUGAAGAUGAUGGGCGUAACAGACAUCUCGGAAUUGGGGCCACGCUUCAUUAACACCCGUGUUGUGGAGCGGGAUAUUUUCGAUGGCGGCGCUGGGUUGGACAAGGCGGGCCUGUGGACUUCGCCCCGGGCCAAGCUGUGAGGCGAUCGGACUGUCGAUACUCGAGUAAGUCUGCUGGUGGUUUGGACGACCCCGUUAUGGAGUUCACGACGGGAAAGUUCUCCGCCAUGUGAUUUGGCGUGGGUUAGUUGUAAUGCGCAUGAGCUAUACCGAAUUUCGGAAACCCGUCCUCGUGGUGUUGUAGCGUGUGAGUUUCAUGGGGCAUUUGAAGCCCUGGUUUACAUAAUACGAAAGGAAAGUUUCGAGUUAUCUCUCCGGGUCCAUACGUACCAAGUCAGACCCAAGGUGCGUCCCCUGUGAUUACCUAGCAAUUCGAGCCGGGUUUGCGA